AUGUCGUUUUUUGGGUUCGAUACGUCACGUCCAGGCCAUAACGAAGGUUCUGGACGAGACUCGCGGAAGAAAACCAGCAGUAACGCCAAGCGUGCAGAAAAUCCUGUGGACUUUGAGGAGACUUAUCGGGGAUUGGGGGAUUACGAAAAUGAAGAGGACGAUUAUUUGAAUGAUGAGACUUUUGGCAAUGCCACGGAGUUGGGCGCUGACUUCGACUUUGGCUAUGGCAAGAACGAAGCGGAAGCGGGAGGGCACAUAGAUCAGCAGACCGUGAACCGGUCGUAUGCUUCCGCUGCCGCAUCUGCCGGACCUGGUGUGAUGAAUACAGGAUACCAUGCUGGGCCAGCGCACGCCAUGGACGAUGGAAUGGACUUUACCCCCAUGGAGUCCUUAUGGACCAACCAGCCUGCCAUUAUGUCCCACCAGCAGCACCAUCAGCUGCAACAGCAUCAAGCACUUUCGAUGGAGGAGCUAGAAAGACAGCAGCACCAACAGAUGCAACAACAUGGUUACGCCAAUAUGCCUCCGCCAGCUCACAUGGGCUAUGGAUACCCUCCACAGGCGUAUUUGCCGCCAAAUGUUAAUAGCGCUGGGUACCAAAACAUCCCACAGGGCAUGCCUCAAGGUUUACCUCAGGGAAUGCCUCAGGGAAUGCCUCAAGGAAUGCCUCAGGGAUUGCCUCAGGGAAUGCCUCAAGGAAUUCCUCAAGGAAUGCCAGUACCUAUGCCUAUGCCUUUGCCCAUGGCUGGUCCUCCUCAGCAGUACCAACAGUCGCAUGUGGCUAUGCAGCAGCAACACCCACCAGCUUCUGCGCCCCAACAACCACCUCAGAUGCCUGAAGUAAGUUCCGGGACGCCUCAAUCACCUGAAGUUGGUCAGCAGCACGCUGCUUCGCCCUCUCAAUUGGUCGCUGGCAAACCACCAGCAGCAGGUAAUGCGGCUUCUGCCCAAGUAUUGAGAUCUGCUCACCCGGCACCAAUACCAAGGACUCAAAUUCUAACUCCCGACCAGGAUCUGCGCGAGGGUACUCCAAGAGGUAGUCGUCGUGGUUCCAUGCGCAAACCUCAGGAGCCUUUGAGUCAGGAUGAGUUCAGGAGGCUGCAAGUUCGUCAAGCCAAAGUUGACAAGAUAUUAAGACACAGCGGUGUCAUGACCCCUCGCGACAAAGAUUUCAUCACCCGUUACCAGUUGUCCCAAAUUGUCACCGAUGAUCCUUACAACGAGGAUUUUUACUUCCAAGUGUACAAGAUCAUUCAGCGUGGCGGUAUUGUCAGUGAAUCCAACAAAGGUCUCAUCGCUCGUGCUUAUUUGGAACACUCAGGGCAUCGUUUAGGUGGUCGUUACAAGCGCGCCGAUGUGGCAUUGCAAAGAAUGCAAAGUCAAGUUGAAAAGGCUGUUACAGUAGCUAAAGAAAGACCUCAAAAGAAUCGUGAAAACUUAGAUGGCGCCAAAGAAGGUGUUUUGGGUAAGAUUUCCUCAGCAAGAAACAGUAAAGCUCCUAGAAGGCAGCUUCAAAUUCCACUACAAAGAGACGAUGAUGAUGACGUCACCUCCUCUGCCAUAGAGGAUGUUGUCCAGACUUUGAACGGCGUUGAGCUAUCGGCCUCUUCGAAAGCACGGAGACGUUCCUCGUACGCCUUCCGCUCUGUCGACCAGCGCGCUGUUUUGUCCCGCUCUGGUGGUAGAAAGUUUGUUUUGUCUCUUAUUGAAGAUGUUUAUGCUGAGGUUUUAGAACUGGAAGCCCAGUUGAGAAGUGGUAAGGAAACCGACAGCAGCCACUUGUGGGAAUCUUUGCACAUUUCCGAUGAUGCCUAUGAAGUUUCCCCUUUCAUCUCUAUAUUGUCGUUUGACAAAGGUGUGAAGAUUAUGCCUCGUAUCUUCAAUUUUCUGGACAAAGAUCAAAAGCUCAAGUUGCUUUACUGCUUCUUCAGUGAGCUUUCGCACUUGAACAUUAUUGUGACCAGUUCUUACAAAACCAAUUCAGACCCAACUGACUCGCAACUCAAAAAACUUGAGCUUUUCCAGUCGGUGUUCCUCAAAAUAAUUGUAUCAUUCCUAUCCAGCUCUGCUGAAUUUUUGGAAGUUUUGGGACUUCUCCUAGCUUUGGUGAAGAAUAACAACGUGUCAUUCAUCAGCACUUCAAAGAUUGGGUUGAACCUCAUAACAGUGUUGAUUUCUCGUGCUGCACUCAUCAAACAAGACGUGAGUAGGGGUAACGUCUUAUCUUCGGUGGAAGCCUCGUCCUGGAACGAAAUAUACGACAAACUAUUCACAGCAUUGGAAACCAAGCUUGCCGUGGUUUUCCCGCCGGAUGAGUACACAGCAAAGGUGGUCGAUACCUCUUCCACAGGUACCGUAACUUCUGCUACUGUCGGCCAAUCAAACAAACAUCAAUUCUACGAUCAAUCCUACAUCUGGCAGUUUUUGGCCUCGCUUGCUCUAAGCGGGAAGCUUAACCAUCAGCGUGUCAUUAUUGAUGAGAUUAGAGAAGAGAUAUUUGGCACCAUUAAUAGGGCAGAACAGCUGAUGUCCACUGUGCCUGUUGAGGAACAACAGAUUGCACUCUACCAACGGGACAAACUGUAUCAAGACUUGAACUUGUUCUUAAACGUCAUGGGUUUGGUAGCCCGCGAUGGAGAAAUUAGCGAGCUCAAGUAG